CAUGGCCUGGGCUUUACCAUAAAGAAGCUGGGGACCAGCCAGGCGGGAGGCUCCGCAUCCCCGAGGCCAUGAGGCUGGGAUUGGUCUGCGCUCUGCUUUCCCUCCUGACAGGGCACAGCGGGGCAGACACCCGUGCCAUCGGGGCCGAGGAAUGUCGCCCCAACUCCCAGCCUUGGUGCGCUGGCCUCUUCUCCCUCACCCGCCUCUUCUGCGGGGCCACGCUCAUCAGCGACCAAUGGCUGCUCACCGCAGCACACUGCCGCAAGCCGUUCCUGUGGGCCCGCCUCGGGGAGCACCACCUGUGGCAAUGGGAAGGUCCGGAGCAGCUGUUCCGGGUCACAGAAUUCUUCCCCCACCCCAGCUUCAAUGGAGAUCUGAGCGCCCAUGACCACAACCACGACAUCAUGCUCAUCCGCCUGCCCAGGAAGGCGCGCCUGGGCCCGGCCGUGAGGCCCCUCAACAUCAGCCAGACCUGCGUGUCCCCCGGCACCGAGUGCCUCAUCUCGGGCUGGGGGGCCGUGUCCAGCCCCAAGGUUGAGUACCCAGUCACACUCCAGUGCGCCAACAUCAGCAUCCUGGAGCCCAGACUCUGCCGCCGGGCCUACCCGGGCCACAUCUCUCACCGCAUGCUCUGCGCUGGUCUGUGGGAGGGGGGCCGCGGUUCCUGCCAGGGUGACUCUGGGGGCCCCCUGGUGUGCGACGGCACCCUAGCAGGGGUAGUGUCCGGGGGCGCCGAGCCCUGCUCCAGACCCGGGCGCCCCGCCGUCUACACCAGCGUUUGCCACUACGUGGACUGGAUCCGUAAGACCAUGCAGAAGGACUGAGCCCUCGAGUGCGGGCGGGAUCUGCGGAGUCCCCGCAUCCGCCAGCCCCAGCCUGGGCCUCUGCUUGCCACGGCCACCCGCCGUUCACUCAGCGGCGUCCCUGGGACCCGUGCAGAAGCCCGCGGUACCCGCCGCCGUGGCCCCCCCGGCUCCAUGACGUCACCGAACUGGACACACCCCUUUGGGCUCCGCCCCCAAAAAACGGACCAAUGAUAUUUCUCGUUCUGGACUCCGCCCUCCGUGGCCCCGCCCGUUGCGUCGAGGCGCCUCCCCGUGACGUCAC